AUGUCAGCGCCUUUGAAGAUAAAGCCAUUGGCUGAGUCCGUGGUGAACAAAAUUGCAGCAGGAGAAAUUAUCGUUGCACCUGUCAAUGCUUUGAAAGAAAUGAUGGAGAACUCCAUCGAUGCUGGAGCCACUGCGAUUGAUAUUCUUAUCAAAGAGGGAGGAUUAAAAAUUCUACAAAUCACGGAUAAUGGAAGUGGCAUUGACAAGAGCGACUUGCCUAUUCUUUGUCAAAGAUUCACCACAUCGAAACUGAAGACCUUUGAAGAUCUGAGUUCGAUACAAACCUAUGGCUUUCGUGGGGAAGCGCUUGCUAGUAUUUCACACAUCGCGAGAGUAACAGUAACUACCAAAACUAAAAAUGAGGCCUGCGCUUGGAGAGUCUCUUACUCAGCUGGUAAAAUGAUAGGAGAGCCGAAACCAAUAGCUGGCCGGGACGGGACUAUCAUACUGGUCGAAGAUCUAUUUUACAACGUACAGUCCAGACUCAGGUCGCUGCGAUCGCCCGGCGAUGAGUUCGCCAAGAUCUUGGAUUGUGUUGGUCGGUAUGCAAUCAAUUCCAAAAAUGUAGGAUUCUCUUGCAAAAAGUUUGGCGAAUCGCAGUUUGCGUUGACUGUAAGAUAUGACGCGGAUGUGAGAGAGAGAGUACAGGCGGUGUUUGGUCGAGGUACUGCUUCUAAUCUGAUCGAGUUGAAGGUUCCCGAAAUCGAAGGUUUGGGAGCGUCAGCUAGCGGUCAAGUUAGCACGCUCAACUUUAUUAAUAAAAAGUCCAUUUCUCCCAUUUUUUUUAUCAACAACCGGCUUGUGACGUGUGAUCCAUUACGCAGGGCUCUUUAUCAAACUUAUUCGUCGCACCUGGCUAAGGGCAAUAGACCUUUCAUUUAUCUGAACGUCACGAUUCGCCCCGAACUCGUUGACGUCAAUGUUCAUCCUACAAAAAGAGAAGUUAGGUUUUUGCAUGAUGAAGAAAUCAUAGAACAGAUAGCAAGUCAGUUAGGGGAUGUUUUGUCGAAUUGUGAUACAUCAAGAUCAUUCAAAACCACUUCAAUUUUCACACAGAAGCCUGUCUCUAUCAGAGAAAACCUAGGUAAACCCCACUCCCAACUCAUCAACAACAUACCAGUAACUCCAUUAGGCAAUAAAGUCAAGCGCCAGGAAAACAAACUCGUUCGCAUAGACGCGUCUCAAACAAAAAUCACCAAUUACUUGAGAUCUGCAGAAUACACAGAGAAUACAGAACAAAGUACCCCUUAUAAGCAGUCAUACGAGGACGACAGCAUACAAUCUUCAUGUCGCGCCUCAGAAGGCAGACAACAUCAGGGAAGCUGGAUUGCAGAUACACCAAGCAGACGAGCAUCAAAAACGUCGACUUAUACUGUUUCGCGCAAAACCAGAGUAGAGGUUAACCUUGCAAGCGUGAACAUGCUACGAAAGGAAGUAGACUCCAGCAUGAACAAAGACUUGACAAAUAUUUUUGCAAAUCUUACUUACAUUGGGCUCGCUGACGAGCAGAGGAGGCUGGCUUGCAUACAGCAUGAUCUUAGACUGUUCUUGGUCGACUAUGGUUCCAUCUGUAGCGAACUUUUUUAUCAGGUCGGCUUAACAGAUUUCGCGAACUUCGGCAAGAUAUUCUUGAUUAAUGAGGAUGAAAGUGCCGGUUCCCAAGAGGAAGGGUUGUCUGUUGGCUCCCUUUUACAAGAGGUUGUGAGUUCAAGAGGAGGUUCAUCAACCGAGCUCAUACGGCCAUUAUGGGACAUGCGUGAAAUGCUCGAGGAGUAUUUCUCCAUAGAAUUGUAUGGCGGGGACACGCACGUGGAGAAUACAAAGAUAAAAAGUCUUCCACUUCUUAUCAAAGGAUACAUCCCACCACUUUCAAAGCUGCCGCACUUCCUUUAUCGACUUCUCACCAAAAUUGACUGGUCCGAUGAGAUGAAAUGUCUGCAAGGCAUUCUAAAACAAAUUGCGCUGCUUUACGUCCCCGAGAUGAUCGAACAGAUUGACCCGGAAGACUCUUCAAUAAAGGAGGAGGAGCGCAUUAGGUACCUUACUGAUACUGAGAACAUGGAGAAAAUCUUAGAAGAAACAAUUUUUCCCUGCAUUAAGAAGCGUUUAUUGGCGCCCAGAGAUUUGAUGGGGAAUGUUGUUGAAGUCGCAAACUUGCCAGGCCUCUAUAGGAUAUUCGAGCGAUGCUGA